AUGAAAGAUGUAGAAAAACCCACCUCUAAUCCUUCUCCAACCAAUAUAAUUUUGCUUUACAACAUCAUGACAUUGAAAAAUACUAGUUGUUCAUUUCUUGGUGUGACAACAAAGCUCAUGCUAUACUUGAUUUUCUUCUCCUUCAUCUUCUACCUCAUUUACUCCCUAAAAUUAUUCUACCCUUUAGUCCUCCUCCAUGACACAAAUAAUUACUCGUCAUCAUCACCGUUUUUCGGUCGAAAACUCGAGUCGAAUUCGGCCAACUCAUCGGAAACCGUCGCUAAAAGCGGCAGUAGCGGAGGUGGUGAAAUAACGGGGCUCCAACACAUUGUUUUUGGCAUCGCAGCCUCAUCCAACAUAUGGAAUCAUCGCAAAAACUACAUAAAGCUGUGGUGGGAGCCAAAGAAGAUGAGAGGGUUUGUUUGGCUAGACAAAAUAGUGAAAACUUAUAAUGACGAUCUUGAAACGCUCCCACCAUUGAUGGUAUCAAACGACACCUCAAAAUUCCGUUACAAGAACAAGGACGGCGACCGGUCGGCCAUCCGGCUCACCCGAAUCGUGUCGGAGACAUUACGGCUCGGGUUGGAGGAUGUGAGGUGGAUUGUGAUGGGGGAUGAUGACACAUUUUUUGUAGCUGAGAAUUUGGUUAGGGUUUUGAAGAAGUAUGAUCACAAACAGUUCUAUUACAUUGGUGCGAAUUCCGAGUCACAUUUGCAAGAUAUAAGGUUUUCUUACAACAUGGCUUAUGGAGGUGGUGGAUUUGCUAUUAGUUUUCCAUUGGCAAAAGCUCUUGCAAAAAUUCAAGAUGAAUGUAUUGAGAGAUAUCCUGAAUUGUAUGGAUCAGAUGACAGAGUUCAAGCUUGUCUUUCUGAACUUGGAGUCCCUGUAACCAAGGAGAUUGGAUUUCAUCAGUUCGACUUGUUUGGCAAUGUGUUUGGAAUCUUGGCAGCACAUCCAGUAACACCAUUAGUCUCACUCCACCACCUAGAUGUGAUAAUGUCGAUUUUCCCAAAUCUCAACCAAUUCCAAUCAUUGCAUCUUUUAAAACAGCCCAUGGAGCUAGACUCUGCUGCCCUGAUGCAGCAAUCGAUAUGUUACGACAAGGCCAGGAACUGGACCAUUUCGGUCUCAUGGGGUUAUGCUGUUCAGAUUCUGCGUGGUGUUAUCUUGCCCCGCGAAAUGGAAUUGCCUGUGAGGACAUUCACUGAUUGGUACAGAAAGGCAGAUGAGACUGCAUUUGCUUUCAACACUAGGCCAUUCCAUAAGAACACUUGCCUCAGGCCUUCGGUUUUUACAUUGUAUAGUGCUGAUAUGCAUGGUUCUUCGAGUAAUCAGACAGUUAGCAGAUAUGGUAAGUAUCGAAAUCCAGGGUAUAAAUGCAAAUGGAAGAUGCCUGAUCCUGAUCAGAUUCGUCAGGUGGAAGUUUACAAGAAGCCUAAUCCAUUUCUGUGGAAUAAGUCUCCCAGAAGAAACUGUUGCAGAGUGUUGCAUUCAGGAAAACAACAUAUCCUGCAGGUUGAUGUAGACGAAUGCAGAGAAGGUGAAAUCAUUGGCGUUAACUAA